AUGCCGCCACACUUACGCCAACUCGACGGUAAAUUUAAAAACUCUCGUGGUCAGAAUUUAUCGUAUCUUGCGCUUUUUCCACCGGCAGAUGCACCUCUUCGUGCCGUUGUGCUUUAUCUGCAUGGCAUUGGUGACCACAGUCGCCGCUACUAUCAUCUCUACGAGCGUCUGUGUAAUGCUGGAUUUGGAGUUUUAGCUUACGAUCUCGUAAGCCAUGGAGCUAGUGACUCUGAUCGCCACGGUCUUCGAGCACACAGUGCCAAGUUUCGUUAUUUCGUAGACGACACGAAUGAAUUUAUUCAAAUGGCCAAGACGGAAUUAUACCCAAAAUUGGCACUUGUGUCUGAUAGUGAACCCAAAAUGAUUAUGUCAGGAAUGUCCUACGGCACAUUAGUGGGUCUUCACACUAUUUUAAGUGGUAAACAUGAUUUUAGCGGCGUUGUACUUGUAGCUCCAGCGUUACUCGUUGAGAUGACGGCAAUAUUACGAGUUCAAGCAAUGUUUGCAAGACCAUUGAGCAAAUUAGUACCAAAGGCGCGAAUUGUGCCUGGAGUGAAUGCUGAUUUUUUGUGUCGAGAUCCGGAAUAUUUGAUUGAUUUUAGAGCAGAUCCGCUCACAGUGACGGAGCCAGUGACAGCGAGAAUGGGUGCAGAGACUCUUAAAGCCAUGAAAGCAUUAGAGGCGGACCAGCGUGUUAUGGAUAAAGAAAGUCUGUUGUGUAAAUUGCCAAUUUUGAUGAUGAUGGGCUCGAACGACAAGGUGACUAGCUUAGAACUUGCACAAAUGUUUUUCAAACGAUUAGCAACCAGUGAUAAAGAGUUCAAGAUCUUCGAUGACUAUUUCCAUUCACUGUUCGACGAUCCAGAACGUGACGCAGUGUUUACUCAUCUUGACACUUGGCUUACGUCAAGAUUUCCAUAUCCAGAAGGUAAUGGUAGUGACAAGGUUGCUAUGAACGAGACAAACGAAGAAGUUUCUCAAGUUGAAGAUGUACUAGUGGGUGACAAGGUGGCCAGUACGGUAAGCGAAGUGAAGGUCGAGGUGUCUGAAGCUAAAAAGGAAUCAAAGCUGGAAGUUGUUGAGACAACCGCAGCUGUGCUUGAUACCGAGACGCAGGUGAGCAGCUCGCAAUCUGCAUAG